AUGGCCAUCGCCGUGGCGAGAUUUGGCGGGAUUGGCGUGAUACACCGGUUCUUGUCCAUUGCCGACCAGGCCGCGCUGGUUAGCCGGGUGAAACGCCACCAGGGCCACGUGAUCAUCGAUCCGGUUACCAUCGCACCGGAUGCCACAAUUCUGGACGCGCGCGCCCUGAUGGCUUCGCGCGGGAUCAGUGGAUUGCCGGUCAUAUCACGAAAAGGCCUGCUGCUGGGUAUCAUCACAACCAGAGACACAACCCUGGCCGACGACCGCUCAACCGUGGCCGAACGCAUGACCACGUCUGCCAAACUGGUUACGGCAAGUCCCGACAUAAGCAUGGACGCCGCCCGGGAGAUACUGUCUGCCAGUCGCCUGGAGAAACUCCCAUUGGUGGACGCAGUAGGCAAAUUGGCGGGACUCAUCACCGCUCGCGAUCUGGUCGCCGCCACAUCGCCGGCAACAUCGGGCGCAACCCGGGACGAAGCCGGGCGGCUGAGGGUGGCGGCCGCGGUGGGCGUCGCGGGCGACUACAUAGAUCGUGCGAAGACCCUGGCCGAUGCUGGAGCUGACGCGCUGGUCAUAGACAUCGCUCACGGAGAUUCGGAGUUGAUGCUCAAUGCCGUUUCCGCAUUGCGGGAACAUCUGGGGGAUAUACCACUAAUCGCCGGCAACGUGGCGACCGCCGAAGCAACCAGACGUCUGGCGGAGGCUGGAGUGGAUGCCGUCAAGGUGGGCGUUGGUCCAGGAAGUAUUUGCAUUACCAGGCAGGUCGCCGGAGUGGGGGUCCCGCAAUUCACUGCGGUGAUGGAAUGCGCCGAGGUGGGCCACGAGUUCAAUAUUCCAAUAGUAGCUGACGGUGGCAUCCGCUAUCCGGGAGACGUGUCAAAAGCGAUCGGAGCGGGAGCAAGUUCGGUGAUGCUGGGGAGUAUUAUCGCCGGGACGGAGGAGAGCCCGGGCGCGGUGAUAUCGAGGGGCGGACGCAAAAUGAAGAUGGUGCGUGGGAUGGCGUCCCGGGAGGCAGCAUUGUUCCGACGACUCCGCGAGAACCCGUCGGCCCCCGCAGUCGAAUGGGAAGACAGCGAAGAAACAUCUGCUGACGAAGGCGUGCAGGCCCCCGUUCCCUACCGCGGUCGGGCGGAUGAGAUUUUGACGGAGCUGCUGGGUGGCUUGCGUUCGGGAAUGAGCUACUGCGACGCGCAUGACAUACCGACGAUGUGGAAAAACGCCCGCUUCGUGCGACAAACACCAGCGGGCCAAACCGAAUCGGGCUCCCACGACGUGGGUUGA